AUGCAUUGUUAUUAUAUCUAUUACUUAUCUAUAUUUAUAAUAUUAUUUUCAUAUACAAAUAGUCAAACACCAAUUUGUAAACCUACAGGUUGUUCAGGACAAAUUUGUGCUGAUAACGAUAUUAUUACUACAUGUGAGUAUCGUUCCGAAUACGAGUGUUAUCGUUCAGCUAAAUGUGAGCGACAAACAAAUGGUGAAUGUGGUUGGACUAUGAAUGAAAGUCUCAAGAAAUGUUUAACAUCAAGUACAAGUGCAUCGAGUUGUUUUGAUACACUAACAAAAUGUAAAACUAAUGUUGAUUGUUGUAAAUCAAAAUGUUAUAAACGUCAAGGAAAAGAUGGUGUAUGUAUGCAUCCAAAUAAGACAAUUCCAUGUAAAGGUUGUCUAUCAACAACAUGUGAAGAAAAUUUAGAUUGUUGUAAUUGUCAAUGUACUGAUGGCUUAUGUUUAUUACCAUGUUGUCCACCUGUAAUAAGACCAGGAAAUCCACCAUGUCGUGAUUGUGGUUUUCGAGGUUGA